UCGUUUUUAGGGGUUUUUUUUAAUUUUUGAAGGAUCUCGAAUUCAGGCACAGCUUCGCCCCCAUGGUCUUGUGGCCCCUGGGCCGUUAUUACGGAGUGGACAACAAUCGUCGCUAUCAACUUCAUCAACAACGCAAAUUUGCCCUGGGAACGAGGUUGGGGUCGGCAAUCACAUUUUUUAUAAAGAAAAGAUCCAUGGGAAUAAAAACUUGAAUAAAAGCUUGUUUUUUUAAAUUCGCCGAAUGAAGAUGAUGCAACGAAAAUGCAUUGCAUGUCCCAACCCACCUUUAAAAUGCAACUUGUUAAUAGGACAAAAUCGAUGUGCACUUUCAUCCAAUAUUCCACACCUAAAACGUCAGAACAUUUUGACGUCAAAUUAUCAAAGUCUUUUCUAUUGAAAAUAAAAGUAAAGAGUUGCGUUAGUCAUGGUCGAUAAAAGGAUGGCGUCGCCGUAUCAAAAAAUCAUGCCACAGACAAAUGAAGUUGUAUGGGUACAUCAACGGUACACACCGACAGAACUAAGAGGUACUGCGCCCGUUCCCAGAUUCAAGUUUAUCAUUCCUUCCAAAUUGCCGCCAGUUCCAGAGGCAUGGAAAAAACCAGUAAGCCCACCAACACAUCUCUUUGAAAGACGGAAGGAAGAACAAACAUUAUACAAGUUUUCACCGUCGACACGAUGCGAAGAAUGGUCAACACUACGACAAAUUUUGCCUUCAAAAGGACGGCCUGUGAAAACAUUACCACCAAGAUGGGGAACGGCACAAAGUGAACCGAUCAAAUUUGUCAGCAAAAAAGAAGUUCGCUUUCCUAUUAUAAACAGCCCAAUGACAAAAUAUGUCGACGACAUGCAUGUAACAAAUCGCUUGUUUAAAUUGCAUUGAAAAAACUUGUUAUUUGUAGCUUAUCUA